AACCUGCCAUGCGCAGUACGUGAUUCUGUAAAAAAUGAAUGAAAAUAAAAGAAUUUGAGCUCGUCAAUCGUUAUAGAUUUAAUCGAGGAACAUUAAGUGGCUCGAUUGUUGUCCGAUGCAAUCUAUUUGCAGAGCAGAGUCCGCCGCAUGUCCGCCAGCCACCAACAGAUAGACAGCGACACAGCAGAAUACAGUACUUACAUCAGCUACUUACACAACUGAUAGGGUAUAUCGCGUAGAAACCAUCGUCUGCCGCUGACCAGAACCAUACCACCGGAUUCAUCGUAUAAUUACGCCACCGCCGUUGAAUAAGCGAGCAUGUUUAAAUUGGGAGCAGAGAUGGCGAAAUGGUCCCGUGUCAGUCAACUUUACGGCAGACUAGUGUAUCAUGCAACGACCAAUACUUGCGCCCCUCCGUGCAUCAAUUCUCAAUGUAGCAACGUUCAACAAAUCAUAUUCAAACGAUUUACCUCUCGAAGUACUUUACCUGAGCCGACGCCGACGUCUUCGCCGCAUGGUAAUAACGUUACCGCAGCUACCGAAGAAAUUUAUUCCGGUCCGUUAUCUAGAAAAAUCAACUUUCUCAAGAUAAUGACUUUGAGUACGAGUCUCGGAACGCUGUUCUUAUUGAAAGAUUUACACAGUCGCAUCGAAUUUCCUAAUCAAGUCGUAAUGGUCAUCGGUGUCGGCGUUCUGCUGCUAUUCAAUUUCCUCACUCCGUUGCUGAUUAAUUUAAUUUCUAAAAAGUAUUGCGUCAAAAUGUAUUACGACCAUUCUAGGAAACAAUAUAUGGCGCAAAUUUACACGUUCAUGUUCAAGAAGAAAACGAUCGUGUUCACUCCUGAAGAUGUAGUCGUGCCUUCAGUUACUAAGUUUUUCACCGUAGCCUUUGUGAAAAACCAUCCCAUGUUUUUUGACGCGAAUCAUUUCAAGACUGUAGAUUACUAUAAAAAUAUCAUGGGCUACGAUAAACCUAUUGAUUUUGGAUUCGAUAAGAAACACAAAGAUUAAGUAAAGUAUUUGGUAACAAUAAAAACUAUCAACUCUA